CGCAUUCUUUAUACUGUAUCGAUGGGCUUGAUGGCUGUCUUCUUGAAUAUUCCACGAAUGAGAGACAUGUUUACUUGAUGAAGUCAUUGAAUAUGAAACAGAGGUGUCUAACACCUGCUUAAGAUCAAACAAGAUGGUUUCAUCCUAUAAUUUUUUAUUUCACGAACACCCAACGUGUUGUUGUGCUUCAGUUAUAGACCAUAAAAGUGCCUAAAAAAAGUUUUAUUUUCUGUGUUGAAAGUGAUAUUUCGAGCAGAUAGUUGAUAGGUCGUUAUAAAAAGAUUAAUAAAAAUGAUUGUUGUGGUGCUUUUAGCCAUAGUGCAGCUGUCUUGCGGUGCUGUACCACUUAUGCGAAACAUAAUGGAUCCACAAAUUAUGGAGUUUGAUGAUGUCGAAGGAUUCCUCUAUGAAUUACCUGAAGAUGAAGAUCCUCUUCUUGUACAGCAUCAACUCUCAUCCAUCGGGGCAAUGCCAAUUUUUGCUUUAUUAGAAUCAGCCAAGAAAGGAGGAAAUUUCAAGAUAGAUGGUAUUUCCGAGAAGGUAAAGAUAGCGGAAUCUAAAAGAAUCAUUGAUGAUGCCAUGAGUCGCCUCGAUUAUGCAAGAGUCAAACUUGAAAAAGGAAAUGGAAAUAUCAAUACAGACGUCGAAAAAGUUAUUCAAAGUCUUAAAGCGUUGAAUAAACCCGCUCGACCAGACAUUCGUCAGGUUUUGGACUCUCUUGAAUCAAUCAUGACAUUGGGAGAGCCGAUGAUGAGGCCAAUAAUUAAAGAGCUGGCCACCACAAGUACACCUGAAACUUAUGAAAAGACUGAGGUUAUCGAAAAAAACCCGACUAUUGACAGACAAGCUCUAACCAUUCGACUUCUUCCCAAUAGCAAACCAGAGUCCGAAGAGAAACCUACUGAAAAAAAUCCAUUCAACAGCGCUCAACACAUGAGUGCUGAAAAACCUUCAGAAGAAGAAAAAUCAGCUGAAGAAAAGUCAAUAUCAUCGGAAUCUUCAGAAAUAUCAAAGGAAAGUCAUGAAGCAUCAAAGCCUCCAUUUCAAAUUAAAAUGAAGGAAAAGAAAGACAGUAGCUUUGAUGGCGAAGACAUGAUAUCUUCAUACAAAGCUAAAAUAACAUGGAAAGAAGCUGGAAUGGUCUGAGAAGACAAAACUUGGAUUGCAAACCUUUGCUACGCUACUACUAUUUUUUUUUUAAAAAAAUAGCAAUAAAAUAUAUUUUUAAAUGUU